AUGGCGACAAUUACAGAAACAGAUCAAAUAAUGACCGUCCAUACCUUGGCAAGGCGGCAAGGGAACGUGAUACCGGAAAAAUACCUUGAAGGCCUAGAUGUUGAAUGGCAGGAGAUGUGGACAAACCACGGAAAGGACAUGACAGGAGCUCACUUGGUGACUAUUGAAGAAUUUCGGCAGUGCCCUGAGAGAUACAGCUUUACCUACCCAACUUGGACAGGCCCCGAAGUACAUCAUGUCCGAGACUACCAAGUCCCCGUCUCAAAUCCCAAAGGAUCGAUCACCUGUCGCGUAUACACACCCCCCGGGCUGGGCCCAUUCCCAGUACACCUAAAUUUCCACGGAGGCGGCUGGGUACUUGGAGGCCUACAGUCGGAAGCCGCUUGGUGUCGUAGCAUCUGCAACGAAUCGUCUAUAAUUGUCAUCGACGUGGAUUAUCGUCUUGCCCCGGAACACCGAUAUCCUAUCGCGUUGUAUGACUGUUGGGCCGCAGUGCAAUGGGCACAUUCCAACGCGCAAACCCUCAACAUUGACCCCAACUCCAUCUCGAUCGGGGGACUAUCCUCGGGUGGGUUGAUCACAGCUGUUCUUGCCCACUUUGCGCGUGACUACUCUCCUCCACUCGAAUUGAAACUCCAACUGAUGGUGGUGCCUGCGACGGACAUGCGCUACGUGCCGCUCUCUAUAACCGAUGCAGAACCUCUUACUGCAGAAACCUGCCCGUACCCCAGUGCCAUAUUCUGCUCUGACCUGCCGUGGUCACCACUCGCUCGGGAGUCUUGGUUCCUAAAUUACUACGUUGGCACGGAUGAAGCGGUCCGAUCGGAGAUCCUUUCAGAUUGGAGAAUGACUCCUGUCCUUUCACCCUCCCUGAAGGGACUGGCCCCGGCACACAUUGUCACAGCUGAGUUCGAUGUAGAACGGGAUGAAGCGGAAUACUAUGGACUGUUACUUCGUGAGGCAGGGACUCGAGUAACCAUGAAAAGGUACGCGGGUGUGCCACAUGCGUUCGCCCAUUACAACCAUCCCACUCGGGGAUUGCGCAAGAGUCGAGAGUACAUAAGGGAUACGGCGAGGCUUCUUUCAGAGGUACACGGUACCGGUCAACGGGACGAGGUGGCGUAG